AUGGAGAUGGACCUCAUCAAUUAAAAUACCCAUUCGAUGUGCUUAUCGACAAAGAGAGCGAUAGUCUCAUCAUCUGCGAUCGAGAGAAUAAUAGAAUAGUUCGCUGGCCUUGUCAAAAUGGUACUCGUGGGGAAUCAAUUGUUUCAAAUAUCUCUUGCCGCGGUUUGGCCAUGGACGGUAAUGGUUCUCUCUAUGUCGUAGACCAAGAAAAACAUGAAGUGAGACGAUAUCAAAUCGGUGACACUAAAGGAACAGUGGUUGCAGGUGGUAAUGGACAAGGAAAUUGUCUCGAUCAACUCUCUACUCCACAAUACAUAUUUGUCGAUCGAGAUCAUUCAUUGUAUGUGUCUGAUACUGGAAAUGAUCGUGUAAUGAAAUGGGAAGAAGGUGCAAAACAAGGCAUAGUCGUAGCCGGUGGCCAAGGACAAGGAAAUAGUCUUACACAAUUGAAUAGUCCUUAUGGAGUCGUUGUCGAUCAAUUGAGUACUGUCUAUGUGGCUGACUUUCAGAAUCAUCGAAUCAUGCGUUGGCCAAAAGGAGCCAUACAAGGAAAUGUCAUUGUUGGUGAAAACGGUGCAGGAGCACAGCCGAAUCAACUCAAUUGUCCCAUAGGUUUAUCAUUUGGUCGGGAUGGCAGUCUCUUUGUUGCCGAUUACCACAAUCAUCGGGUGCAAAAAUUUAAUAUCAAAUCAACUCAAUGUGAUGAUUAA